AUGGCAACACAUCAAGCGAAUGUCUAUGCACUGACCAGGGAAAGAGAUACAUUAAGGAGGGAGCAAAGUAAGAAAAGUGAUGCAGCUGCUCUUUUGAAAGAAAAGGAUGAGAUAAUCAAUCAAGUCAUGGCUGAAGAUGUUAUUCUGCUGCAUCUUUCAUACAUUCAUCACUUCAUUGAGCGAGCGGCUGAUUUCUAUCUGUUAAUANCCCCGGCCCCCAAGCGCAAGGAUCCUCCCUCCUCCUCCUCCGCCGACAAAUCCAAGGCGAAGGCGAAGACGAAGCGUAGCAGUGGUGGGGGUAGCAGGGUCGCGGAGGACGACACCGGGGCUCUCCAGAAGCUUCCGUACGUCCACGUCCGAGCGCGGCGGGGACAAGCCACCGAUAGCCACAGCCUCGCGGAGCGAAUCUCGGGAACCGCGUUAGUGCUGGAUGAAAUCAUCAACCACGUACAGUCCCUUCAACGCCAGGUCGAGUUCUUGUCGAUGAGGUUAGCGGCGGUGAACCCGCGGGUGGAUUUUGGCGGGCUCGACAGCUUCUUAUCUGCUGAGUGUGGGCGGAUAACGGGAGAUAACGGCAACGGCAACGGCAACGGGAAGAACGGGGCGGAGGAGGAGGCGCCGAGGGCGACGUGGACGGACGGGGGAUCCGACGGCGUUAGGCGGCCUCCUCAUCAGCAGCAGCAGCAGCAGCAGCAGCAGCAAAUCUGGCACGUCGAUUUGGCGCACCCGCAUCACGCGCCGUCCGUUUGGGAGAGAGGCCCCGGCGACGCCAACGCCCCCCACCUCUUCAUCAACCCUAGCAGCGGCGUCGCCUCUCUCUACGGCUACGAUCCCUCCUCGGCAUCCGCACCGUUGCAGUCGAACCAGCUAAAGACGGAGCUCUGAAGCGACGGAGUUAAAAUCCGAUCCGAUCCGAUGCGGUGUACAUACAUAACGGAGGUAAUAUUAAUGCUAUAAUUAGGCCGAUUAAUUUAGAAUGUCAUAUGAAAGAAGGAGAAGAACAUCAUUUCCACUGCAAUCAUGGGAUGGUUAAGGGUUGUCAUUUUAUCAUCUGCUUAUUGGCAGCAGAGAAAACUCAGAAUGAAACCCUAAUUUCUUACAUAAUAUUAAGAUAAUAUAAUAUGUAUGAAUAUGAGUGCAUGUACUACCUCA